UCUUAGCGAGGGGGGAGACAGAGAGGAGACGCUAUCAGAGGCAGAGCGCACACACAGAAGACGAUGGCGUACGUCGUGGCUCCGUCGCGAGCCCACCGCACUCCUCUCCGCUCCGUCGCAAUCCCACCGCGCUCGGCCACGGACAGACGACCCAGUUCGCUCUCCUGGGCUUCUUCCUUCCCGCUUGCGGACUUCAGGGUCUCGCUCUCAAUCGCCUCGAAACCCGCUCUUCCCAAGGAAUCGUUCAUUCAAUCUGCUUAUACCCGGAGAUCUCGUAGUGAAGCUGCAAAGAGACCCAACAGGAAGUCAUGGAAGCAGAGGACAGACAUGUACCUGAGGCCAUUCCUGCUCAACGUGUUCUUCUCAAAGAGGUUUGUUCACGCAAAGGUGAUGCACCGAGGGACGAGCAAGGUGGUGGCUGUCGCGACAACAAAUGCUAGAGAUCUCAGGAACAAUUUGCCGUCACUGACGGAUGUCAAUGCUUGUAGGGUUAUAGGACAGCUGAUAGCUGAGCGAGCAAAGGAUGCCGAUGUAUAUGCCAUUGCUUAUGAACCAAGAAAGGAUGAGAGAAUAGAGGGCAAGCUGGGGAUCGUGCUUGAUACUAUCAAGGAAAAUGGCAUUAUAUUUGUGUGAACCUCUCUUCAUAUUCGGUAAUGAAAUUCGGCUGAAUUUAUCUUA